UGCACUGGGCCAUAUAAACGCGUUUGCGCUCUGGAACCGAACAGUCGCUACCUAAGCCGGCAUACUCGACGUUGUAGGUUAGGCGAAUCUGAAAACUUUUACCGUCUCACAGAGCUGAACAUGCUUUUAUAAAAUUACCUUUUCCAGACACGUUUUUAAACCUUACUAGUACUGAACAGCUGAUUAUUCGCUACUAUGAGCGAUAUAUAAGUCAGCUGGCACCGGAAACUGCCAGUAUAACAGAGACCGAAAACUAUUCGUUUUGAAGAAUGUGAUUCAUCAGCGAGUGGCAUACUUGGAAAUAUCGUUUUGUGUAACCGCGAGCUCGUCAUAUACGUUUUGUGAACUGCUAAUGGCUCUCUGGUGGAUCUCCGACGGUGUUGGGACUUCUCAGCUGCACGCCUUGCUGGUUGCAGUCGCUCUCUGCAUGCUCGGAGUUUUCGCGUGUUUUAUCGUGGUUCCAGCCGUGUCAGAGUGGAUAAAAACGUGGCUGGCGCUUAGACCGGUGCCGGGACCCUGGGAUGGCGUUCCUUUCUGGUUCUCCGCUGUCGCUUACUGGAAGAAGAGUCGAGAGUGCAGCGUUAAGGACGCCACCGUCGGGUUAUUUAGUGUAAUAUGCGAACUAUGCGAGACUUACAAAGGAAAGACGUUCAAGACCUACAUCGGCAUGCUACCCAUCGUAGUUCUGCACACUCCUGAAGCAGUCGAGCCACUUCUCUCCAGCAAAGACAACUUGGCUAAGCCGGAUAUGUACAACUUCAUAGCUGCAUGGCUGGGGCCUAACAAUCUCCUCACGAGCCGAGGCGAGCCUUGGAGACAGAAGCGCAAAGUGUUUACACCUGCAUUCCACGCUCGAGUACUCGACAUCUACAUGGAUGUUUUCCACAGCAACAGCGAAGCCUUUGUUGACCAAAUCGAGCGAUCCAUGCGAACCUCACCGAACGAACCUUUCUGCUGCUUUAAGGGACUUCAGAAAUGCUUCGUGGACAUCAUGGCCCGUGUAUGUAUGGGAGUGGAGCUGCAUACACAAAAAGACGAACGAAACUUCUUUGGCAACUGCUUCAACCGGCUCUCGUACCUGACUGCUGUUCGUGGCUGUCGGCCAUGGCUAUGGAUGCAGCAGGUCUACGACCUGACCAAGGAGGGAAAAGUGUUCAAGAGCACCGUGCAAAAAAUGCAGAAGUUCAGUUACUCGGUACUCAGAGAAAGGAAAGAAUGGCUGCUCAAAAACCACUCCACUAACACUGACAUUGGCCUAAAGAAAGAUUCCACAGCGUUCGAGUCUCCUUCAUUGUUCUUGGAUUCCUUGCUAUCAUACAACAUCAGGGACCCCUCAUAUUCCAUCGAAGAAGUCAAGAACGAUGUUGACUCUAUCAUAUUCGCGGGCACCGACUCAACUGCAUCGGGAGUGAGCUGGACCAUUUAUUUGCUUGGUCUUCACCCGUCCAAGUUGGCCAAUGUUCACGAGGAGCUUGACCGAGUCCUUGGACGAGACAAAGAUGGCGUCAUUAGUAGCGAGGACCUUCUGCAACUUAAUUAUCUCGAGUGCUGCCUCAAGGAAUCACUCCGCCUUUAUCCACCAUUUCCACUUUUUGGAAGGAAAUUAGAACACGACAUGAUUAUAGAUGGCUACCACCUUCCUGAAGGCCUGACAUGUUUCGUGAACCUCUACAGCCUGCACAGAGACCCAAGGCACUUCCGACAGCCGGACAGCUUCCUCCCCGAGCGUUUCCUGAGCGAGGAGUUUGCUCAGCGACACCCGUACUCCUACGUCCCAUUCUCAGCCGGUCCCAAGAACUGCCUAGGUCAACGCUUCUUCAUGCAGGAAGCAAAGCUGCUGCUUGCGAAGGUUCUAUCGAAGUUCACCGUGGAGUCAACUACGCCCGUUGAAGAGCUCAAGAUCACAUACGAAGUCGUACUCAAAGCCAGGGGUAGUCUGCGUGUCUGGUUUCGCAAUAGAAAUUUGGAAGAGUCGGAGCAGGCGUCACAGAACGACACUGUACUGUGAUGUCGCACUCGUGCUCCUUGUUCAUUGUAAUCAGAAAAAAAAAUUGAAAAACGGGCGAUUCGCCGUUAAUUUGUAUGCGUGCUUUGUUAUCUUACGUUUUCAGCGCAACUUCCUU